AAUCUGUAACAUCAGGGCAAUCUCGGAACAGAAAGCAUUGGCAAUGCGAGAAGUGAGGGGACCGGAGGGGACAUAAAAGCGAGACUGCACGUCACUUAGAGGGAGGGGAUGCAGAGUGAAAGAAACAGUGAAUAAAUUCGCACGCUGGCCAGUUCACCUUCACAACAACCUCCGGAAACAUCAAAAUAACGGACAAGAGCCUGGUGCCUAAGAAGUAUAGUAAGCUAGCUAGUAAAAAUGUUCUGUGAAGAAACGAUUUAGCCUUUAGUAUUGGCCAGAACAUAUCGAUAGCUCUGCAUUUAACGCAUGGUUAUAGGUCUUGGUAGUAAGCUAAUGCGUGCUCGUCUGCGACACGGCAAAAAACCUGCUUGAUACAGUUUAGCUAGCUUAGAUAUCAGUGCUGCAUAUUGUGAACUAUAACCACCGAAACGGGAAAACAAUGAUUUUCUACGUUUAUGCUCGAUUUCCAGGCAAAGGUGGAUCUUGAAGGAUUUCUUUGACGGAAACAAGAAGGGGCCUUCGAGCUUUGAAAGGUGUAUGAAACCUUGCCAAGGAGGAAGACCAUUUUCAAGGAAGCAGUUUUGCAGAUUUAUUUCAGCCCAAUCAGUGUAUACAGUGUUUUUCAAACGAGAGAAGUGGAAGAUUCCAAUCUUUUAUUGUCUUGUAUUUAGACAUUAAAUGAAAUCCACAUAACUAUAUCCAGCUUCCAUUUUUAAUUUGUAAAAUUUCCUUUUUGGCACUACUCUUAAACUUUUUUUUUUGUUAAAGAGAGCUUGUUUUUUUAAAAAAAAAAAAAAAAAAAAACCUUUUAUUUCUGUAUUUUUUUUUUUUUUUCUUUUACACUUUUUCUUUUGCUAAGAAAUGCUUUACCUGAAAAAGUAUUUCACAGAGGGCUUGAUUCAAUUCACUAUCCUGUUGAGUCUCAUUGGGGUGAGGGUGGAUGUGGACACCUACCUGAGCUCUCAGUUUCCCCCACUACGAGAGAUCAUUCUGGGGCCCAGCUCAGCCUACACACAGACCCAGUUCCACAACCUACGCAACACGCUGGAUGGCUAUGGGAUCCAUCCCAAGAGUGUGGACCUGGACUACUUCUUCACCACACGCAGACUGCUGAACCAGGUGCGCUCAUUGGACCACCUGCGUGUACCCAGCACUGAGCUUAGUGCCUGGCUGGUGCACCGUGAUCCUGAAAGCGUUGUGUCAGUUGCUGGUCAGUCUAGCCCCAGCAUCGUACUGGACAAUGGCAACAGUCUGGAGGACGUAACCAACCCCGAGGGCUCAGCCAUGAGGGGCGGAGGCACUGAUGGGGAGAGUUCACCUGACACCAGUUACACCAUCAGCGGCGAGGAGAAUCUAGGAGCUGUGGCUCCCCAGGAUAACCAGGACCAGGGUGGCUGCGAUGGAGACAGCAAUGAUGAUCUCACUAAAGAGGAUAUUGAUCUGAUUGACAUCCUGUGGCGCCAAGAUAUUGACCUGGGUGCUGGAAGAGAGGUUUUUGACUACAGCAGCCGCCAAAAGGAGAGUGAAGUGGAUAAGCGCCCCCAAGAGGAGAAUGAGGAUGGUGUGGAAAGGGAAGAGAGCUGGAGGAAUGGAAUCAACCUACAAGGGGGGCAGACUCACACACGGGUGGAUGGCGAGACAGGGGAAAACAUACCUGAGGAGUUUACAGAUACUGGGACCCCAGAGCUAAGAGGACCUAGUCAUGAGGGCCCCUCCACUUCUCAAAGCCUCCUGCCCCCCCAGUUGCCCCAAGCUGAGCCUUCCCUUGACUUGGAACAGCAGUGGCAGGACAUCAUGGCCAUUAUGGAGCUGCAGGACAUGGAAGUGAACACCACUGCAGAUAACCCAUUCCUCAGUAAUAACACCAAUGGUGGCAGUAAUAACAACAGUGGGAUAGAGUCAAGCUCCUUGGUCACCUUUGGACUCUCCAGUCCUACUCUUAUUAACCAGAAUGUAAGUCUUCAUCAGGCUUCCUUGCCCAGCUGUAGCCAGGAGUUCCCACACUUCUUUGGCCCAGAGUUAGAUUCUCCAUCCACACUUGAAGCUUCUGGCCCACAUCAGCCUGCCCUCCUUAGCCUUUCGUCCAGCAACUCCUCCAACAUCAAUUCUACCUUUGGGGCCACUAACCUGACGGGUCUCUUCCUCCCACCCCUCCUCAAUGGCACCAGCAACAUCACCUGUACACCGGUGCUGCAGGAUCCUCUUAACAGUCUACUAGAGGAAGCCAUGCUGGAUGAGAUUAGCCUAUUAGACUUGGCCAUGGAGGAGGGCUUCAGUCAGGCCCAGGCCUUUCAGCUUGAGGAUGAGCUGGACUCAGACUCUGGCCUUUCCUUGGACUCCAGUCACAGUCCUGCCUCACCCAGCAGCUCGGAGACCUCCUGUUCAUCCUCUUCAUCCUCCUCCUCCUCGACCACUUCAGCCACUUUUUCUGAGGAAGGCGCUGUAGGCUAUACCACUGACUCCGAAGCAACAUUAGAGUUAGAGGAAGGUGCUGUAGGUGGCUACCAGCCUGAAUACAGCAAGUUCUGCCGCAUGAGCUAUCAGGACCUCUCCCAGUUCCAGAAUCUUCCCCAGCUGGAAAACAUUAGCCACAACCACACCUACAACCUUCCCCUGUCACCCAGCUCAGACCCUGAACAUCAACAGCCACUUAAUACUGUGGGGAAGAAGACCAGCCGUGAUAAGCAGCAGCAAGCCAAGCUUCAGUCCCCGCAGGACUUCUUGGACAAGCAGUCGAGCAGAGAUGAGCGCCGUGCUCGUGCUAUGAAGAUACCUUUCUCUAAUGACAAGAUUAUCAAUCUACCAGUGGAGGAGUUCAAUGAAUUGCUUGCCAAGCAUCACUUAAGUGAGGCCCAGCUGGCCCUUAUUCGGGACAUUCGCCGCCGUGGGAAGAACAAAAUGGCAGCACAGAACUGCCGCAAGCGCAAGCUGGACACUAUCCUAAACUUGGAACAAGGGGUGGAUGACCUGCGCCGCACCAAAGCUAAGCUUCUGAAGGAGAAAAUGGAGUUUGUGCGUUCCAUCCGGCAGAUGAAGCAGAAGGUGCAGAGCCUGUACCAGGAGGUGUUCACUCAGCUGCGGGAUGAAGAUGGCCGGCCCUACCCUGCCAGCGAAUACUCUCUUCAGUACGGCCCUGACGGCAGCAUCCUAGUAAUGCCCCGCAGCAUGGUAACCGAGCAGAGCCGCAAGCCCGAUAAGAAGCAGAAAGACAAAAAGAAGUGAGCCUGCAUCCUUUUCCUUUCUUGUACCACCAAAAAAGUCGAUGGGGUGAAUACUUUUACUUUGACCAGACUCAAAGAACAAGGAAUUUAACAAUUCUUCCUGCUUUAGUUUUUCAGGAUUUUUGGUUCCAGCACUUUAACAGUAAACAACUGUGAAGCACAAGUGCUUUGUUUUCCUACACAUUUUGUUUCGAGAAAUUAAGUGAACAGGAAGUAAACAAUCAAAAACAAAAGUUAAUGGAACUGUUCGGGAAUAAACCGUAACUGGAUCCUGCAAACUAAUUAGGCAGAAGAAUGUAUGGUCAUGUAAUGUAUGGCAUGUAAGUUUAGGAAGAAAGAGACUCAAUCAGCUUGAUUGAAUUUGCUUCAGACAGGGUAUACAUUGUGGGCCAGCUUUGAAGAGUACUUAAAUGGUUACUCUCCCGAGUAGUUGGCAAAUAUGCCAUGGUAGUACCCGUGAUGAGUUGACACGCCCACCCAUAAAGAAGGGGGAAUGGGAUACUUCAGGUCUAAGAUCUAAGGAUUUAGUUUGACCCAGAUAUGUAUGAAUUGCUUUUCAAAAAGUGAAGCAAAAGGUAGUAAUUCUCCUGAGACAUAGCCAACGUUCACCAAAGGUUGUAUGGGGUUCCUUUUUUUUAAUAAUAAAAAAGGACAACUUGCAGACAAUGCUGCAAUGGUUCAACCAUGCUAAUACUGCAGAAAGGACAGAGAUGCUGACAUUGUGUCAGAGACUUCAAAUGUAGUGCUCCUCCGAAUCAAGGAUCUCCGAGGCAAUUUAAUGUAGAAGCGGGAAGAUGAACAGAGAAGUCAACUGGUUCAUGGACAUGCUAGGCCGAGAAAAAGCAUGGCUUAACUGGAGACUGGACUGAAAGAAGGAAAAAUAUACGAGGAAGCACACAUUGCAUUACAGAUAUAAAAGCCUUUGUUUAUUUGUAUGUACCACUGUUGUCUGUUUGCCGCUUCGACCAUGGUCUGCUGGUCUCUCUCCAUAUCUCUCUGUCGCAACUCCCAUCACUCUAUUGCAUCGUAUCAGGCAUUUCCUGCACUUACUGCACUAGAUUUAAAGGCAAGCGCUGGUCCUCGGGCAAACCUCCCAUACGGUUUCACACAGACCACUUAGAAUGGACCGGAUUGUGCUUUAGAUCAAUACCCUAAAAAAGGUGUUGCACGUCUUAAUAGAGCACCUUUUGAGAGAGGAUUUUGGGGAUGGCCAGCCUGGGCCUUGUUUGUUGCAUUUGUCAGUCCCAGAGCACUGAAGUUCUGUUCUGCUGUAUUGUCAAGCCAGUUUGGAUACCUUCUGAUGAUACUUUCUAUGAAUUAGGAUAGAAGCCAGUGCACCACCACCACCCAACAUCUCCAUCUCCCCGUAUGUGGGGCAUGGAGCCCUGUGCCUUACGUUAUCUCUCCCUCAGUAGCCUCCUUAUUGAGUACUUGUAUCAUGUUAUCCUUUUGAGUGAACCUAUGCACCAUAAAUUAACAUAAAGAAUACAGAUGACGAAGGCUGCCUUUUUAUUUUAAACCUAACAGUUGAUCUGCAUAUUAAACUGUUAAUUUGCCAGUUUUCAAAUGGAGAAGAAACCCUGUAUUAAUUGAAAGAGCAGUCAGUCCUUUCAAGAUACUUUGCCAGAUAGUACUUCUGAUUGUUAUGGAUAGAAAUAAAGUAAAGCACUUUUUUUGCUUGCAUGUGUAGAGGCAGAAACAUCAGGAAAGGACAUGAUGCAGAGUGUAUUUAUUUAUAUUAAUCCAGUGUUAAUUUUACUGUUUGUCAGGUGACAGGCUGCUGGAGGGUGGCACAUAUUACAGACAUACAUGCUUAUUGGAGACGAAACAAAUUUGUGACUUGGGUUAUUUGGGUCUGUUCUCAUUUCCCCAACCUACUUCCUGGUACCCUACCACACAAGCCUGGUGGUAGUUUAGAAUAAGCUAUGUUUUGUUCACAAGGCUUGGUGUUGUGUUCUGCGGGAUACUGAGAAUAGUGUUUUGUCGUCAAACUACACUGCAUAUUUGCAUUCCAAAGGAUUAGCCUGGAUAGCUUGUAAAAGUCAGUGCAAGCACUCAAAUAGCUAUGCUCAGUAAUUUAUAGGCGUCAGUUUAAUUGUGAGGUUGUCUAAGUCAAGCCUGCAUUUGUUAUGUUAAGUGCUUUUUCCUGUAGUACUAAGGAGGUUAUGUCACUCGCUAUAAGAAAAAAAAAAGGAAUAUAAAUGAGUAAGAUUAGCUUUAGCAAGUAUAAGAGCGAGUCAUUCGCUUGAAUUGCAUAUAAAUCCAUAAUUUAAUCUUCAUUAUCAUCAGCAGCCCCACAUCAGUCAGUGCGUUUUUGUUUUAAAUGAAAUGUCUGAAGUGUAAAUACAAUUAUUGCAGUAAAAGGAAAUGAAUUGCUGAUGUCACAUGUUUCUGUCUUUAUUUUGGGGGGAAAAAACAACUAAGGCAUAAAAACUGGAUAGAUGAUUGGAUGGAUGGAUGGAUGGAUGAAUGGAUACUACAGGGUUUGUGUUUUUGUCAGAAAAAAUGAAAAUAUUAAAACCAACAAAAAUGAAAAAAAUUCUCUGAAUUGUGUGUAUUUGAAGAAUUCACUCAAUAUACUUUCCAAAGCCGUUUUUCCUUGUGUCCCCAUUUGUUCACUUUGUCCUUUGUUUGUUUUGUAUAUAUUUUAUUGUUCUGUGUUUUUCUUCUUAUUUUCAUAUUCUUAAAGUAUUCUGUUUCAUUUUGGUUGUACAUUUUUUGUUUCUGGUUUACUUUGAAAUGUUUGCUGGCAAUCUGGGAUUGUUUUAAUCAUUAAUAAAAUUUUUAUUUUCUUUGACCAGUGAAUUGUGAUGUUAAAAUAUGAAAUGUAUUCCCUAAGGAAAUGAUUGGUUUACAGGAGUCUUUCUUUUCUAUUAGAAAUAUUCUUUCUUUCACAGUUGUUAUACUAAUGCAGUUAUGAGUAGUCAGCUGUGCUGUGACUCAUAUUUUUAAGAAAUGCAGUUACCCUGUUAAAGCCAAUGUUUAGCUUGAAUUAUUUUAACAUCAGUAUUUUCAUGUUAAUGAAUUUUGAAUUUCAUUUGAAUUUUAGUUUCGUAAUAGCUUUUGGGAAGGCUUAAAAAAAUCACGAAGCUCCAAAGAUGGAAAUCUUCCUUUAAAUCACAAAACACUGGAUUUUUGUAGUGGUAUGGAAUGGUAUGCAGAAGAGAGUGGGAUGAAGAAAGGAUGAAGCGUCGUAAUUUAGACCACAUCUUCACCACCAAGACAAAAGGUGGUGUAGUGAUUUAUCAGUCAAUGGUUUAAUUGUUAUUCAUCAGCAGUUCUAUUCCAACCAUGAAUUCGUUGGGCUGUUAACAUGGAAAGGUAUAGAUAUUGUAUCUGUUAACAGAGGAAAGAUCUUGAUAUGGGUAUGUUCAUGCAAAUAAACAGUUAAGUUUUUUUUUUU